UCCUUCGUGUCCCUUUGCAUUCACAUCCACGUUUCCUCAUGGCUUCACAUACAAGUCCCUCUCUCCCCCCUGCAACAACAAUCGUCACUCUCUUCGACUUUAAAACCCAUUCAAGAACUUGGGUUUUCUGUUUCGAAGGCAUUAGAGGUGAAGAAGUUUUCCAGAUAUGAGGCUCUAUGUGUACGUGCUGGAGGCCAAAGACUUGCCUGUGAAGGACUCCUAUGUGAAGCUUAAGGUUGGGAAACACAAGUCCAAGACUAGGAUUUCCAGGAACACAUUGCAGCCGGUUUGGAAUGAGGAGUUUGUGUUCAGGGUCCAUGACACGGAUGAGGAGCUUCUUGUGUCUGUUUUUCACCAUUUUGAGGAACCUACCGUCUUCAAUGGCUCUGGAAAUUUAGUGGGUCGGGUUUGGAUACCGGUCUGGUCCGUUGCCGCCGAGAAAAAUCAGACCUUGCCAUCCACAUGGUUUUCUCUUGAAAAGCCCAAAGCUGGGAAAUUUAUUAAUAAAGAUUGUGGGAAAAUUCUUCUCACCAUUUCUCUUCACGGAAAAGGCUAUGAAACUUCCACUAACCACCUCCUUUGUGCACAUUCUAAUAUCAACAUUGAGGAAUCUAAAGAACGAGAAAAUCCAUGUGUACCAUGUCAGGAUGUAUGUAGCUCCAAGGCUUCAAAUCGAAAGAUGGUAGAAGGGAAAAAUUUGAUGAAGGCUAUUGCUAGUCGUCUGGAUAAGAUAUUCAAUAAGAAUGAAGAAGCCUCAAGAAAUGAUGAUUCUUUGGAUUUAUCGAGUUCAUUGUCUGAUUAUGAGGAAUGCAUGGAGGAACAGCCCUCCAGCUGUAGCUUUGAAGAGGCUAUGGAGAUGAUGCAGUCAAGCGAUAAUGGGCAAGAUAAAAUGCCUGAGGACCUGCAGGGCGGCAUUCUUCUAGAUCAGAUAUACAUAAUACCACCCUAUGAUCUUAAUUCAUUUCUUUUUUCUCCCAAUUCACAGUUCAGAAAAGACUUGGCAGAACUACAGGGAACAACAGAUGUGCAAGAGGGGCCCUGGAUAUGGAAAUCAGAAGACACAUCAUGUUUAACACGAGUUGUUUCCUACAGGAAAGCUGCAACAAAGUUAGUUAAGUCUGUUAAAGCCACAGAGGAGCAAACCUAUAUUAGAGCAGAUGGAAGGGAAUUUGCGGUAAUGGUAAGUGUAAGUACACCUGAAGUUCCUUAUGGAAGUACAUUUAAGGUUGAAUUGCUGUACAAGAUAAUGCCUGGAGCAGAGCUAUCUUCAGGAGAAGAAUCAUCCCAUCUUGUAGUGUCCUGGGGUAUUAACUUCAUCCAAAACACUAUGAUGCGAGGCAUGAUUGAAGGAGGAGUUCGACAGGGACUGAAGGAGAGCUUUGACCAGUUUGCCGACUUGCUGGCUCAGAAUUUUAAAACGUUGGAUACCAAUUACUUAGCCGACAAGGAUAAUGUGCUGGCAACUUUGCAAACAGAACAUCAAUCAGACUGGCAGUUGGCAACCGAAUACUUCUGGAAUCUCACUGUAGUCUCUGCGAUUUUUAUGGUUUUGUAUGUCCUAGUGCAUAUUCUACUCUCUGAGCCCAGCAAACUCCAAGGCUUGGAAUUUAAUGGACUUGAUCUGCCAGACAGCUUAGGGGAGCUUAUCACAUGUGGAAUAUUAGUCAUUCAACUGGAACGUAUUUAUUACAUGAUCUCACACUUUGUACAAGCUAGGUUGCAAAGAGGAAGAGAUCAUGGAGUUAAAGCCCAAGGUGAUGGAUGGGUUCUUACUAUAGCUCUAAUUGAAGGGAUCAACUUAGCAUUGUUGGAUUCGGUGGAGUUGUCAGAUCCCUAUGUGGUUUUCACCUGCAAUGGAAAAACAAAAACAAGCUCUGUCAAGCUUCAAACUCGUGAUCCUUGUUGGAAUGAGAUUCUUGAGUUUGAUGCUAUGGAAGAACCACCAUCAGUUUUAGAUGUAGAAGUUUUUGAUUUUGAGGGUCCAUUUGACCACGCCACCUCACUUGGGCAUGCUGAGAUCAAUUUUGUAAAACACACAUCUUCUGAACUCGCGGAUAUCUGGGUCCCCCUUGAGGGGAAGCUUGCUCAGUCUUCUCAGUCAAAAUUGCAUUUGAGAGUUUUUUUAGACAACAAUAAGGGGGUUGAAACGAUUAGGGAGUAUUUGAGCAAGAUGGAAAAGGAAGUUGGAAAGAAGUUGAAUCUACGAUCACCACACAAGAAUUCAACGUUCCAGAAACUGUUUAUAUUGCCACCAGAAGAGUUUCUCAUCAGCGACUUUGCAUGCUCCCUGAAGAGAAAGAUGCCGUUACAGGGCCGACUCUUUUUAUCUGCAAGAAUUGUGGGGUUUUAUGCCAAUUUAUUUGGACAUAAAACCAAAUUUUUCCUUCUUUUGGAGGAUAUUGAAGAUAUACAAGUGAUUCCUCCGUCUUUUGCAUCGAUGGGUAGCCCUUCAUUGGUCAUAGUCAUACGGAAGGGUCGAGGUCUCGAUGAAAAGCAUUAUGCAAAGUCUCAAGAUGAAGAGGGCAGGCUUAAAUUUUAUUUCCAAUCAUUUGUGUCGUUCAAUGUAGCUACCAGAACAAUUAUGGCUUUGUGGAGAACAAGAACAUUGACCCCUGUUCAGAAAACACAAAUUGCAGAAGAGCAGGAGGAUCAAGAUGAGAGGUCCAUCAUGCUUGAAGAUGCUGGACCCAUUCUGGAUGUUGAAGAUGCAAAGAUGUCCAAGGUUUACAGUGCAGAACUUCCCAUCAAUAUAGAAUCAUUGAUGAAAAUGUUUGAUGGAGGAAAGUUGGAGCAUAAGAUUAUGGAAAAAUCAGGUUGUCUUAAUUACGCAACUACAACAUGGGAACCUGUAAAGCCUGAUGUUUUUGAACGGCGUUUGUCAUACAAGUUCAACCGCAAUGUCUCUGUUUUUGGAGGGGACGUCACAUGCACACAGCAAAAACUUCCCAUCCCUGACAGCAAAGGGUGGACUGUGAACGAAUUCAUGACCCUGCAUGGCGUCCCAUUUGGUGACCACUUCCAUGUUCACUUCAGGUUCCAAAUAGAGAAAUCUGAUCUUGCCGAUGGCGCGUGUAAGUGUGAUGCUUACAUUGGUGUCACCUGGCUUAAAAGCACCAAGUUCCAGCAGCGGACCACCCGGAACAUAACUGAGACGUUUACGCAUCGACUGAAGGAAAUAUUUGAGGUUGUUGAGAGAGAGAUUCUCUUCACAACCCAUCGGGAUAGUUCCAUUUGAUGAAACACUUGAGCUGCCACCAUUCAAUGUGCUUUUUGUGUAGACAGCUGAGAGUGCAUUGAAAUGGAUACACAAAUAUAUGACAAAAAACAGAACACGUUCAAUGAAAUUUUGUUUCAGUCGUGUUCAAUGUUCAUAAAUUCAU